AGAGGAAUCUCAUUUGCAUUUAUAUAUAUAAAUAAGGAAGGUUUCGCAUCUGGGGGUCUUGUACUCCGACGGAUCUGGCUUCCAACGACGACGCUCAGCUAACCUUGGUACCCUCUUCUUGUUCUUUCCAAUUUUAGGCUUUCGGUGUCUCAUCUGUGGGACCUCGUUAGUCGUUACUUCAGCUUCGUUGAAGUUCGGAGAAAAGGCCGGAGAUUUCCGCAAUAAGAGCGCUAAAAUGAUUCACUUUGUGCUUCUUAUCAGUCGACAAGGAAAAGUAAGGUUGACAAAAUGGUAUUCUCUUUAUUCCCAGAAAGAAAGAUCUAAGGUGCUUCGAGAGCUCAGUGGAGAUAUUCUCUCACGAGGCCCUAAGCUUUGUAACUUUGUUGAGUGGAGAGGAUACAAAGUUGUAUAUAAAAGAUAUGCCAGCCUGUAUUUCUGCAUGUGUACUAACCAGGAAGACAAUGAAUUAGAGAUACUUGAGAUAAUUCACCACUUCGUUGAGAUAUUGGACCGCUAUUUUGGCAGUGUCUGUGAGUUGGACUUAAUCUUCAAUUUCCACAAGGCCUACUACAUACUGGAUGAGAUUUUAAUUGCUGGUGAACUUCAGGAGUCAAGCAAGAAGACUGUCGCACGUCUUAUAGCUGCACAGGAUUCUUUACUGGAGACAGCCGAAGAGCAGGCCAACACAAUAAGCAAUAUGAUUGUUCAAGCAACCAAAAAGUGAUCCAUUGCAUUAGCCAUCUAUCAAUACUUGAUAUAUUGUUUGAUGAUUGAAAUGCAUAAUCUUUUUCUCGUGUGAUUGGACUAUGUUAUCAUGCUUCAUAUGUUCUAU